AUUGAGCAAAUGUUCUACCAGUUUAAUGUGGAAAAACAAGAUCGUGAUUUUCUCAGAUUUUUAUGGUGGAAUAAGGGAGAUGAUAAGCCUGCCGAUUUCAGAAUGACUGUGCAUUUAUUUGGUGCUACCUCGUCACCAGGUUGUGCGAACUUUGGGCUAAAGCAAGCUGCAAAUGAUUUUGAAAUGGAAUUUGGAUCAGAAGCUGCUAAUUUCGUGCGAAAUAAUUUCUAUGUUGAUGAUGGUUUGUUGUCAGUCAAAACUGACGAAGAAGCAAUUUCGCUGAUUGAAAAUACCAAAAAACUGUUAGCCAAGUGCGGAUUGAGACUUCAUAAAUUUUUGUCAAAUUCUAACACAGUGAUCGAAUCAGUUCCGGUUGUGGAUCGUGCAAAGGUUCUUCAGAAUCAUGACCUUUUCUUCGAAGAUUCACCUGUUGAGAGAUGUCUUGGUUUACAGUGGUGCAUUGAAUCCGACACUUUUCAGUUUCGUAUAUGUCUCAAAGAUCAGCCACUCACCAGACGUGGAAUUUUGUCAACUGUUUCCUCGAUCUAUGAUCCGUUAGGACUUAUUUCGCCAGUUAUUUUAGUUGGUAAACAAAUCUUGCAGGAACUCUGUAGAGCUCAUAACGAUUGGGACAGUGACAUUCCGGAUAUAUUGAGAUUCCAAUGGGAAAAAUGGAGAUCUAGCUUAUCUCAACUUGCAGACGUGAAAAUAGAACGUUGUUAUAAACCCAAAGACUUUGGUGAUAUUGUGGUAAAUGAAUUACAUCAUUUUUCAGACGCGUCAACGUUCGGUUACGGACAAUGUUCGUAUUUGAGAUUGAUUGACAAUAAUAGCAAUGUAUCUUGUUCAUUAGUAAUGAGUAAAUCUCGAGUGACACCUCUUAAACCAAUAACAAUUCCCCGUUUAGAAUUAGCUGCAGCUUUAGUGUCGGUAAGAGUUAGUUUGCAGUUAAGACGUGAAUUGAACUAUAGUAAUUUAACUGAAGUAUUUUGGUCAGAUAGUAAAGUAGUGUUAGGUUAUAUUAACAAUGAUGCAAGAAGAUUUCAAAUGUUCGUUGCGAAUCGUAUACAGCAGAUACGAGAGUCAAGUAAUCCUACUCAGUGGAGGUACAUUAAAUCGAAAGAUAAUUUAGCAGAUCUAGCAUCAAGGGGCGUUACUGCAGAAGAGCUCAAUGCGACUAAAUGGUUCAUCGGACCAGACUUUUUAUGGAAAUCACAAUUACCUAGUACAUCUGACAAUCCUGAAGAAAUGCAUGUAAAUAUAUCUUCUGAUGAUCCUGAACUUAAGAAGGUACAGAGUUUAGCUACAAAUGCAAAACCAUGUUUUGAACUUUCUCGUUUGAAUCACAUUUCAGACUGGUUUAAAGCCAAACGAGUGAUAGCCUUAUGUUUAAGAUUUAAAGCAAUAUUGCUCAGUAAAGAUAAAGAUAAUCAUGUGCGAACUGUCAAACUUUUAGUUGGUGAUAAGAAGCUUAAUGCGAAAGGGAAACGUGUCUAUCCGAGAAGUGUUCUUGAACGUCCUAUUCAGAAACUGAUAUUAAUUUUGGAACAUGAGUAAACCGGGAUUCCCCAUCGAGGAGCCACAGACUUUCAGUAGAACUAUCAAACUGUUAUGCUUAACCGUUUAGUUAUUUGGUUUACUUUUAUAUCUCUGCUUUUUCUUUGUUCGUAGAUUAAUUGAAAAUUAGUUCCUAAUUUUGGGGAGCCAUGUAACGGUAGUCGUGCGAUAGACGAAGUGUUCCGAUUGCUAACUUUGUCUACUGGCUGUUUGUCGGCUAAUUUCCUAUUAAAGGGAGAAUUAAUUGAUGUUGUUUGUUGUUUCUCUUUAAUUUUGCCUUUACGUCUUAAGCUUGUAUAAUAUCAUAGUUUAUAUAUUAUUAGUUUGAGUAUUAAAUAUGUAGAUAUUUAUUCAGGGAAUCAAAUUAUGAUUAUAGGCAUUUAGUUAAGUUUAUUAUGUUUACCUAAUAAGCUUCCCUCAAAAUACGUGGUCUUUCGUAGAUCAUCAUGGCAGCCAAAUGCAUGAAAUCGGGAAAGGGGUGAAGUCAAAAAGUUUUCACGUAAUGUUUAGUGAAAUCUUCAGAAUGUACAUGUAAUAUUCAGUGAAAGCUUCAGAAUAUAAUAUUCAGCAUGUAAUCAAGUAUUAUUCAGCAUCGUCAGUAAUGAGUAAUAUUCAGCCAUGGUGUCUUCAGUAUAAUAUGUAGCACGUUGAUUAUAAUCAGAAUUAAAAGAGGAAUUCAUCCGUAUUCGAAUUCUCUCAUUAGGCUAUGUAGGCCCAUGCGUAUGCGACCUGAUUUGUGUAAGCUGAUGUGUGAACUGUUUAUAUUUGUAGCUGUUAUUUAAUAUAUAAAGUUUAUUACAUUGAAGAA